UGCCGGAAAGCAGCUUGAGGAUGGAAGGACCCUUGCUGACUACAACAUUCAGAAAGAGUCUACCCUUCACCUUGUCCUUCGUCUGAGGGGAGGAAUGCAGAUCUUCGUGAAGACCCUUACCGGGAAGACCAUCACCUUGGAGGUGGAGAGCUCAGAUACGAUUGACAACGUGAAGGCGAAGAUUCAGGACAAGGAGGGAAUUCCUCCAGACCAGCAGAGGUUGAUCUUUGCUGGAAAGCAGCUGGAGGAUGGGAGGACUCUGGCUGAUUACAACAUCCAGAAGGAGUCCACUCUUCACCUUGUCCUUCGUCUCCGAGGUGGUUUCUAAAUCGAUCUUCUGAAAAUGGAAAAACUUAUAUGCUGUGGUGGUGGCCCUGUUGCGGUCAUGUGAAUAAAUUUGGGAUUAUGUUCUGUUUCUUUACUUUCAAGUAUUUUGUUACAAAUGUCUGCUGAAGUGUACUGUUCUUUGUAAUGUAUAAUAUAUCAACGUUUUCUAGUAAAAUAAAUUGGAAGCA